AUGGCAGGAGAGACGGGAGAGAAAGGCUUCUUAGAGUCCAUGGAACUAUCAUUAGAAAAUGUCUGUGCAGACGGGUUUGAAUUUCUAGAGAAAUCCAGGGCAGCUUACGAAUCCAUGAAGGAUUUAAAGAAAGACAUUGAAGGGUACGAGAAAAAGAAGAAGUUACUUGAAUUACAGAUAGAGAAGCUCAGGACAGCCUUUGUGGAGUACGUGCACUCAAUAGAAGCAAUUGAGAAUUCUGAAAUAUACAAAAGAGCCGUCCCAGUGAAGAAGCUUAACCACAGCAGAGUGCUCAAGUACAGCCAUCUGUUCAUGCCCCCAAGCAUUAGCAGUACAUCCGAAUCGAUCCAUUCAAGCAUAAACAAAAUCAUCAAGAAAGCGAGUGAGGAGUAUAAGCAUGCUAAGAAUCGGUACGACGGAUUAUUGUCAUUCAUUAGGACUGAGAGUAUAACAGAAGGAUCAUUAGAAUUAGAGAGACAGUUUCAGUUAUACGAGAAGAAAGUAAACUUUACACAGCAUAAGAUGAACUUCUCCAUACAGAUGAACAAGCUGUCGCUUACCCUGUUAAAGGAAAUAUUCAAUGAGAUUGAAUCCAUUGAAAAAGUAUCUGUAGAACAUGCCAGGCACUGUCUAAGCAUACAGAGAAUGAAGGAGUACCAGUACAAUUCAGUGGACAAUGCCAUCUCACCAAUGAUCACCAAGGAGGUCACUACACUCGCACAGCUGGCACCGGACGAGUUAGAGAGACAUAAACGAAAAAUAACCAAUGAGUACAGGCCAGUAAAUGAAGAAAGAAUGGUACGCCCCGUGGAGACACUUAUUAAAAGGAAACUUAUCCCGGACAAGGAAGGAUUCUUAUUCCAGAGGAAGAGCAAGAGCACGGAAGUUGCAAGUUUCUUCGCCCGGUUCGAGAUUGGAGAUAAUUUAUUCCGGGGGGUAUUCCAGAUAUCUUCAGAUGUCUUAGUUAUAUGCGACAUGGUAUUCGGAUGGAACUAUUCAAUUCAGAAGAAUGAGAUCGUAUUCUUCCGUCCUGCUGAGUCUUUGAUUAUUUUAAAGACGGAAACCGUAUGGCUGAAGAUAUUCUGUACGUACAGGGACGUAUUAGACUUAUGCCAGUGGUAUAACAAUUCAAAAUAUGAAAGUGUACAUCCUGUCCUAAUAGGAAGCACAGAAGAGAGUCCAAGCACGCUAUUACAGAAUAAAUUCAUACCAGAAGCAGAGGAUGAAAUAAAAUCACUUUCACUGCACGGGUAUACGCUCAUAAGCAAUACAACCUGGGAGAAUAAGGUCAAGAAGAGGUCUUUCAUGAAGCACAUAAAGUACAAAGAUAUCCGGAUAUUUUCAGUACUGUAUACAGAAACGUAUACGGCCGAUGAAGGCACGGAGUACCCCACGAUACUUCUGUUCUCUACGAUAAAGGUGCUCAAAUUUAUCCCUGAGGCACAAGUUAUUUCAAGGAUAUGCUUUAAAAGGACUGUUGAAAUGGGUGACCACACAGAUAUUUAUUGCUACGUAGAGAAAGGCACUUUCUGCUGGCCAGUCUGCUGGGUUAUUAAAUGGAUUAUGCUGGAUAUAAUUAAAGUACUGCACAGAUCGAGUGCGUAUAAUAAUGACCAAGUACGUAUGAACAGUAUAAAUAUGAACAGGGUCCUGUAUACGAGUAUAAUAAUUGCAGGGAUAUCAAUUAUUCUGGGAGUAUCACUUACAUUUAAAGUAUUUAGUCUAUUUACAGCAGUAUAAGAUAUGCAUCUGAAGCACAGUAAGCACAGCACAUGUAAUAAUAAAAUAUGC